CUGUGCGCGGGGUUGUGAGCCUCGUGUCUCUGAGCGCGUACGGCUGGAGACGGCGAUAGCUAAAGGAAGCGGCGGAGUCGUUGGCUAGGCAUGACCAAGCGAGUCUGCGUCAGACCCCAAGUUAGGCGGCAAGGGAGGUCUCGGGCCGUAUGAGCUACACACUAAGUCUGGCAGAUGCCAGGUUGUGUGAACGGUUGAGGACGAAACAGGUUGUUGGCUAUUGCUUGUUCCUUCUCCUGUUCCUUCACCUGUUUCUACUCCUUCAUAGUCUUGCUCCGGUUCAUGCUACUGCUCAGGUUCGUACUCGAGGAUUUGUACUGGAGUCGGAGUCCUCAGUGCACCCGACGCGGUUGCCGUUUCCAUGUUCACAGCUGGAAUGCAGAGGCCACCCGGAGGCUAAACAGGCAAGGCGAGUUGGACUGGGCCAUGCCUGAACGAUUGGGACGAGGUCAUUAAUGGAGGAUCGCUCCUCGUUGAGGCGCAGCAGACGCGACGCAGCAGAUGCGGAGCCGCACUGGCUAUCUUGCCCAAACUUGGGAUAGCGGAUGUAGGGAGAUGCUGA